ACGGGCAAAGGAAGUCAGAUUUGUCAUGUCGAAUACAAGAGUCGCGUGUUCAAAACCAAGCUCCCAGCAGCUACGUUAAAAUAACCUAUACAGUUCUUUUGGUUGAUUAUGACAUCUUGAAAAUGACUGGAUGCACAAGUGUUUCGCUGAUUUUGUUGGGUCUGAUUUGUGUUCACUAUGUGGCUGGGCAGACAGUCAUUACUAACACUACUUUGGGUCCAGUAAUGGGCAUAAAAUUACCGAUACCCGGUGUACCCAUCCCAGUCGUUACACGGUAUGCUGGAAUACCGUACGCUGAGCCACCGAUUGGGCAGCUGCGCUUCGCUAAGCCCGUACCGAAAACUCCCUGGGAUGGCGUGCUCAACGCCACAUUGUUCGGCGCCAAAUGUCCUCAGACCGCGGUUUCUUUUGAUGUGUUCAUAUCUUCGGAAUUUGAUCAAUUCAUACCUAAUACGGGUACAAAUGAGGACUGUUUGUUUCUGAAUAUGUAUGUUCCGCAUGGUUUCGUUGAUGCGUUGAGACCCCUGCCUGUCAUGGUUUACUUGCAUGGAGGGAGUUUGGUUAGCGGGGAAGGUGCACUCUACGACGGCUCGCUCAUUGCACUACAAGGACAGGUCAUCGUGGUGAACAUGAACUACCGUCUGGGAUUAUUCGGCUUCCUCAGCACCGGAGACGACUCAGCACCUGGGAACUACGGACUGUGGGAUCAACGUCUCGCUAUCCAGUGGGUCAAAGACAACAUCGCCAACUUUGGUGGUGAUCCAGAUCAAAUCACCAUCUUUGGUGAGUCGGCAGGAGGAUGGAGUGUGACCUACCAGAUGAUUUCACCUCUAAACGACAGGAAUGUUUUUCAGCGGGUGAUUUCUCAGAGCGGGGUAGCUUUUCCAGGCUUAAUCAUCCCGGGUAAUUUCGCCCAGCUUCAGGCUUGGAAUCUUGCCUCAUCUCUUGGCUGCAACCUAACAUAUGGUAGCAGCACCACGCGCCACCUGAUCAGCUGCCUACGAGGAUUAACCACGGAGGAACUGUUGAGUAAAUCUUCAUUCGUAACAACAGCGGCUACAAUUGACGGCGAGUUUCUUACCACCGACAUCAACUCUCUCCUGUCCCAUCCCCGAGUUGGACAGUAUGACCUUCUCUUAGGGGUUAACAGUCAAGAGGGGUCCGUUUUUCAGAGUGCGGAUAACUACACUGCAGAGGGUCUUCGUCGUGCCACCCAGAGCCAAAUCGCCGUAACUUGUCAGUGUGAAAAUCCGGAGCAAAUCACCAAUGCAAUUUUGGCCUUUUAUUUCAGUGGGGACAAGCUGGGCAACAUCCAGGAAAAUCUUCUGAAAUAUUUAGAUGUGAUCGGUGAUUUAUAUUUCGACAUUCCCGGUGCAAAUUUCCGUAACAAACACGCAAUGUUGUCUACUGACAAUACUAGGACAUAUUACUAUUAUUUCGACUAUGAAGUUGGAAAGGAGUUUUUGCUUCGUCCAGAUUUGGUUGAUCGUGUUUCCGGAGCACCACACAUCCUGGAUGUCUUCUAUGUUUUCGGGCUCAUCAACUUGCUGAUUCCAGGAAACAUCGAGGCGCAGUCAUUAUCCGAUGCUAUCAUAAAGUAUUGGUCACAGUUUGCGAAGAACGGGGAUCCAAACGGAGCAGCGUUACCUGAAUGGCCAGAGUUCGAAGCAGAGAAUGAAACAUACAUCAUCCUAGACGCUAACAUCAGGACAGGACAGCGCCUCAAAGCUGACAAAGUCGCCUUCUGGAACGAGUACAUCCCAACCAUUACGGACCCGUUUGAUGAGAAAACGUGUUCCUAUGAAGUACCUGUCAGAAGUGGCACCGUGCAAAAACCGGACACAAAGACUGUGCAGAUAGAAAGCAAAGACGGUGAAGUGCUGGGAUCUAUCACUGGUGCUGUGCGAGUCGCUGACGAAGCAAUGGGAGGGCGCGAAGUCGCCAAGUUCUUAGGCAUUCCAUACGCCAAACCGCCCCUUGGUAAUUUGCGAUUCAAACCACCUGAAGAUACAGGACCGUGGGCUGAUCAACCACUCGGCAUCCCAGAGAAGCUACCACCAGCCUGUCCUCAAGAUGUUACAUUGGAUCCUUGGAUGGUUCGCCUUGGGCUCAACCAAACAAGUGAAGAUUGUCUGACUCUCAAUAUCUACGCUCCCACUCAAAACACUGACGCUUUGCCAGUUCUUGUUUUUAUUCACGUUGGGUAUGGAGUAUACAGCACAUCUUCCGUCUAUGAUGCAACUCUUCUUGCAUCUCAGGCUGAAGCUGUUUUUGUAGUCAUAAACCAUCGUUUAGGAGCUCUGGGAUUUCUAUCAACAGAAGAUGAAGUAGCUCCUGGUAAUUACGGAUUGCAUGACAUCUUGGCUGCUCUUAAAUGGGUCAACAAGUACAUCGGGAGCUUUGGAGGCGAUCCUGAACAGGUAACUAUCCAAGGUCAUGGAUCGGGUGCUGUACUUGCCCACUUCCUCGUUCUGUCUGAGAGGGCAAAGGGCCUUUUUAACAAAGCCGUGUUGAUGAGUGCAACUGCUAUAUCCCCACCUGUCGACAAUCCAACCCUUCCACGACCAUCAGAGAUAGCCAAGGCUCUCGCCCUCAAAUUGGGAUGUCCAACUGCAAACAGUGAGAUGAUGAUCACUUGUCUCAGAGGAAAACCAGUGGCAGAUUUUGUGUCAAAUACCGUAACACCCCCGUUUGGCCUUGCCUUUCCAACAGUUGUUGAUGGUGAUCUCAUCACCGAUAAACCCCUCGCAUUGCUGAAAGCCGGCAGAAUUAACAAUGUUAACGUGAUCGUUGGAUUAGCAAAGGACGAAGAUGCUAUACCGUCAUUUUUUUUAACCGGCCUCAAUUGUCCAAGUGUCGAGGAAGUCCAGCAAUACAUUAGAAUUGUCAGUAGACUUUCAUUCGAGAACCCCGGCAAUGCAGCGCUCGCUCUAAUAGCGGAAUACAUUGGAAAAGGUGGAUUAGGGGACGACUGCGAGACAAGGGGUAGUUUCAGACAGUUCAUGAAUGACUACUUGUCAUACUGGAGCACAUUGGAAGCUGCCAGGCUCCACGCUAACGCUGGUCACUCAGUCUACUUCUACUCGUUUGAUCUCAAACCACCUGCUCCUUAUAAAGGACCGCUUCCACCUCAGGCAGGACCAGCUUUGACAGAUGAUCUGCAGUUCCUAUUGGAAGCUACCUAA